CGUACUCUAUAUCUUAAACAAGCAUAAUAACUAACAUGCGCACACAGUUCCCGCCAUCCAGCGCCCACGGUUCACCUUCACCAACUGAUCGGAGGUUAAGUGCUCUGGUCAGACAUCUCGGUGUCGGAGAUCACUCUGCUUCCUCCAUGGAGUCGCAAGACCCUAAUCCCGCCAUCUCUCCCUCUGCAACCGCGGCCUUCUCUGGCGAUUCCGUGUUCGCUAACAUUGUUCAAGCUCCCGAGGAUCCCAUCUUGGGGGUGACUGUUGCAUAUAACAAGGAUCCCAGCCCAGUAAAGUUGAAUUUGGGUGUUGGUGCUUAUCGAACAGAGGAAGGAAAACCUCUUGUUCUGAAUGUGGUAAGACGAGCGGAGCAGUUGAUAAUAAAUGACCAGUCUCGUGUGAAAGAGUAUCUUCCCAUUACCGGAAUGGCAGAUUUCAAUAAAUUGAGUGCUAAGCUCAUUUUUGGUACUGACAGCCCUGCUAUUCAAGAAAAUAGGAUAGCAACUGUCCAGUGCUUGUCUGGAACUGGCUCGCUGAGGGUUGGAGCUGAAUUUCUGGUAAAACAUUAUCACAAUCGUACAAUAUAUAUUCCACAGCCAACAUGGGGAAACCACCCCAAAGUGUUCACCAUGGCAGGGCUGUCUGUGAAGUCUUAUCGUUAUUAUGAUCCAGCCACACGUGGAUUGAACUUCCAAGGCCUGCUUGAAGACCUUGGUUCUGCCCCAUCAGGAGCAAUAGUGCUUCUUCAUGCAUGUGCUCAUAACCCAACUGGUGUUGAUCCUACAACUGAACAAUGGGAGCAUAUCAGGCAGCUUGUAAGAUCAAAAGGGCUGUUACCCUUCUUUGAUAGUGCUUAUCAGGGUUUCGCAAGUGGAAGCCUAGAUACAGAUGCACAAUCCGUUCGAAUGUUUGUCGCAGAUGGUGGUGAAUGCCUUGCAGCUCAGAGUUAUGCAAAGAACAUGGGACUCUAUGGGGAGCGUGUUGGUGCCCUAAGCAUUGUCUGCAGGACAGCAGAUGUUGCAACCAGGGUGGAGAGCCAGUUGAAACUUGUGAUCAGGCCCAUGUACUCUAAUCCACCCAUUCAUGGUGCAUCCAUUGUGGCCACCAUCUUUAAAGACAGGGAUAUGUAUACUGAAUGGACCAUUGAGUUGAAAGCCAUGGCCGAUCGGAUUAUUAGCAUGCGUCAGCAACUUUUUGACGCUUUACGUGCUAGAGGUACACCAGGUGACUGGAGUCACAUUGUCAAGCAGAUUGGAAUGUUUACUUUCACGGGGCUGAAUACAGAGCAAGUUGCUUCCAUGACUAAAGAGUACCACAUCUACAUGACAUCGGAUGGGAGGAUUAGCAUGGCGGGUCUAAGCUCCAGGACAGUUCCACAUCUUGCAGAUGCUAUUCAUGCGGCUGUUACUCGUGUUGCCUAACUGUGUUUUCGAUCCUUUUGGGUUGUAAUAAUCAUCUCCUCAUAACUUGUACAAGUUUACCCAGCCUGGUGUUGCUGGUAAAACUCUGGCUCAAGUUUUUCUUUUUUGGACCAGUUUUAAUGAGAAGAUUAUUUACAAUAGUAUAUUUUGUCUUA